CUAAAAUUGAUUGAAUUUGAGGCCCAUGUGGGGUUUGAAUAGGGUUGGACUAGACUCGAUCAUUUUGGGUGGAAUAAGAGAGAUAUUGAUGGUGGUCUGGCGGUGCCCUAAUUGAAGCACGUCCCCCUCUAACGCAGUGACCAGAGACCUUGCGAGUGACAAUGGCGAGCAACGGCGAUAAAUUACCCGGAUCCGGCGCCGGGGCAGCGAACGAGAACCCUGCGUCCGCUGCAUUGAGUUCAGACCAGCUGCCGAUGAAUUCCAGUCAAAUUUACACGGACGACGACGGCGAAGCGUCUGUCGAGGCUGAAAUAAUCACAGAUGAAGAAAAAGACAACAUCGACGACGAAGAAGGAGAGGACCUCUUCAACGACCAAUUCAUGAAUGAUUUCCGGAGGAUGGGAAAGCAGGACCAGUACGAAACCUUGGGUCUGGAUGAUUCCGUGGAGGAUGAUAGGGUUUUGGACCAGAUUAUGGCUGACAGCAGAGCUGCUGAGAUCGAACUCGAUGCAAAACAACCUUCUCCUUCUCACCGCAAGUAUCCCCAGAUUCUUCACGACCAAGACACCAAUGAUGAUGAAGACAGGCUGCCAAUAAUCACUAGAGGUUCACCUGGUAGAUCAAAAGGAAGGAACUUCAGAGAUGUCUCCAUGACUGAUAUGGACGAUGGUGAAGAGAACGAGAAAGGUGAGCUUGAUAUGUAUAGAGUUCAAGGAACCCUCAGCGAGUGGGUUACGAGAGAUGAUGUGAGGCGUUUCAUUGCCAAGAAAUUCAAGGAUUUCUUGCUUACUUAUGCGAAUCCAAGAUUUGAUCAUGGAGACUUUGAGUAUCUAAGGCAGAUAAAUGAAAUGGUGGCGGUUAACAAGUGCAGUCUGGAGAUUGAUUACAGACAAAUUUUCUAUACCCACCCGAACAUUGCAAUCUGGCUUGUGGAUGCUCCUCAGUCGGUUCUCGAGGUUAUGGAAGAAGUUGCCAAUAAGAUUGUUUUCCAGUUUCAUCCAAAUUACAGCAAAAUCCAUCAAAAGAUAUUUGUGCGUAUCACCAACGUGCCCGUGUUACAUAAAGCACAGAAAUCCUUGAUCCUUGGCCUCAAGGUUGCUUAUAUCCUCGAUUCUCGUAACUUCAAAUCCGGCUCCUCCUUCGCCGUCUGGUUUUCCCUCAUCGUGGCACAGUUGAUCUUCUUUUUCAGCUCAUCGCUUAAUUAUACCGUCAGUUACAUCUCACUCACUGUCCUUGCUGAUUUCACUUGUGCACUGUCGAAUUUCUUGAUUGGGGUUUGGGUUUCACACUUUCACUUCACUUCAAAUGGAUGCAAAUCGAAUAUCCCACCAUUGUACUUGUUCUUGGACGCCUCUUGUUCGCCUGUGCAACUGUUUCUGCAGUGGCUAAAGCAUGAAUUGGGUUACCAUGGAGGCGCGGUACCAGAGGAUUUUCACUAUUCGGUGAUGUUUUCAUCUAGCGCUGCUUUUUGUGAUUUGCUCCUCCUUUUCUGCAUUCCCUUUCUUUUCCAACUUUAUGCAUCUACCAAAGGAGGUCUGUGGUGGGUCACUAGGAAUGAGCACCAGCUGCAGAAAAUCCGGCUUCUAAAUGGUGCAUUGAUAUUGGUAGUAGUCGUUAUUUGCCUGGAGGUUAGAGUUGUGUUCCAUUCAUUUGGACGUUACAUUCAUGUUCCACCACCUCUGAAUUACCUGCUUGUCUCCAUUAAAAUGAUUGGAGGUGCAUCGGAUGCCCGUGCCUAUGCCCUUGGUAUGGUUUCUGAUGCAUUCAGUUCUUUGGUCUUCACUGCUUUGGCCAUCAUUGUCAGUACUGCUGGGGCGAUUGUUGUUGGGUUUCCCAUUCUG